GUCACUCUGGAAAUAUUUCUAUUGAUUGCUUCCAAACCAACUGUGACUUGAGAUUGUAAAUGUUUGCCAGAUGCUACUUGUUGCGCAAUGCAUCACAUGGUUCCCACUGUACUUACAGACAGAUUUUGACAUGUUUAUUCCUCUGCAGCAGCUUACAGAGUAGCUUCCCUCUGACGUCUCAUCUGCUGGCAAGUGUUCAGAAAUGUGCUUGUGAAUUUCAGAGCCCACAGAUCACUUUGCAGAAGAGGACUAGGACACAGCAAAUAUGAAGAAGAAGAGUGGAGGUUUCCUCGUGUGGAAGGUGCUUCUGUUUGGGAUUUGUGUGCUGCUGCUCCUGUGCUCAGCAUGUCUGGUGUUUCUGCUGGUUCGACAGAAAGAGCUGACAGAGGAGCUGGUCAGGUUGGACGCACAGAUGCAGGUGCUGUGGCAGAGCUGCGGGGUAAAGGUGGGAAUCAAGCCCACCGAGCCUGUAGUGGAUGGAGGGCUGACGGAGCUCCACCGCAGCAGGAGAAACCUGGAAGGGGAAGUGACACAAAUCCAAGAAGAAAAGGAUAUGCUGAUGCUGAUGACCUACUCCAUGGUUCCUAUCAAAACCUUCAUGAAUCUGUGUAACAGCUCCAGAGGAAUUUGUUUAACAGGCCCACCUGGACCACAAGGUUUGCGUGGUAGACCUGGUUCACCGGGACCUCAGGGUGUGCCGGGGACUGAGGGGAGGCGAGGAAAAAGAGGACCUCCAGGUGAAAAAGGAGAACCAGGACCUAAAGGAGACCCUGGUCCUCCUCGACUGAAAGGCGAGACCUAUAAUGACAUUUUCAUUGAAGGUCCUCCUGGUCCGAGGGGUCCACCAGGUCCGCCUGGUCCACCCUGUCCUGCUCAUGAUUGUCAUGAAGCAAGAAACAAGAUCUUCAGAGAACACAUCCAUCAAACCAACACGACAUUGGAUUCCUCUCCUCUUCUGAGCACAGAGGCCUUCAACGACACUGAGGCAGAAAACACCAGCAGCUGGACAGCUGUUAAGCCUGGAACACAAACACCAUUUCCAACCGCAGACAAAGUGAAUCGUUUGGAUGUGACUGAUUCAAACAAACUUCUGGAAACCACUAUGGGAGCUGUGUCAGAUCACCCAGAGAGUGGCAACGACACCUUGAAUCACUCGAACACAGAAAAUGUUACAGAGACGCCGACGACAUUAAGAGCCCUGCUUCCUCCAGACCGGACUGAGAACAGUGAAACCUUUGAUGGCAGCAGAAACAAUGACUAUACACCCAUGAGAAGUGAGUUAGUAUCACCCAGUCCAGACUACAGUCAUAACAAAAGGAUUCAAACCAGCACAGAGAGUGCAACAGAGGCAUCAGUCAGCGUGUUACCAGCUCCUGAGGCCAGAGGUGUUUUUAAUGUCACUGACUCUGAGAAAAUUCUAGAAACUCAUGAGAAAUCAGAGUCAAUCUUGUUUCAUAAAGACGACAGCCGCGACCUCCUGAAUGACCCCAGCAGUGUAACAGAGACACCAAUAGAAUUCGUAACAGCCACACUUUCUGCGGACAAAAACAAUGCUGCGUUCAAAGAAAAGCCCCUGAAAAACAAAAGUGUAACUAACAACGAGAGACGGACCAAAACUGAAUCACCAGCACAUAUUCCAGUGGACAACUCCCAAGACGUCUUGAACAUUGGCGAUGCAACAACACUUGCAACAUUGAAAUCUGACUCUGUGUCAUUUCAAGACGACAGCAUUGACACCCUGGAUGACUCCUCCCAUGCAGUGAAUUUUACAGAGGCAUGGAUGAGAUUAUUCACCGCGUCAAUUUCUGCACACAAGACUGGAGAUAAAUUCAAUAAGAGUGGAAUCAUAGUAGAAACGUCCACAAACUCUUCAUAUUCACAGAAGACCAACAGCAAGCCCAAUUUGACAACUAAAAAGAGAUGGACAACUACUGUGCCACCAACAACACGUCCAACCAAUGACAGAAGAGAUGUACUGAAUUUUACAGACAUUGAGACAGUUCAUCAAGAGUACAACCACAACAACUUGACUCACUCCAACACAGAAAAUGUUACAGAGACACCAGUGACAUUAACAGCUCUACUGCCUCCAGACAUAACUGAAAAGAGUGACCCCUUCAGUGGCAGCAGGAAUUUUAAUGAUACACCCAUAAGAAGUGGUUUUUGGGUAGAGAUGACCUCUAGUGAUGACACCUGGAACAACACCAAAAGAGAGAAAACAACACCAGCACCAAGUACAAUAUUAACAGCCUCGCUUUCUGUUGUUGACCUGGCUAAAAAGAAGGAUGCCUUCAAGAACAGUGGGAUACCUAACAACACAGCCGUUGAAAGUGAUUCAUUAUUUCAAAUUCAGACCAACAACAAAAUCGACAAGACGACCAAUGAGAGAUGGGCAAAAGCUGAGUGCAGCAUUAAAACCAUUAGAUGUUCGGAGAGAGCCACUGAGAUGCAGAGCACUUUUGGAGCCUGGAUGUCCGAUGUGUCUCAGCUGGAUGGAAGUCGAUACUGGCUGGCCGAGCAUUUUUCAGGUCGACUUUUGACGGAGCACAGGGAUGUUUCCACUUUUCAGAGCAAAGGCGACAGAACUAUAGACAUGAGGAUGUUCUACCAGGGCUGUGGUCAUGUUAUUUAUAAGAAGUCAUUUUACUUUCACAAAGCAGGAACAAAGAGACUAAUAAAAUUUGACCUGAACAGCAGGAGGACCAACACUCUGAUCAUGGCAAACAGCAGAUAUAACAACCUGACCUAUCUUUUCCGCAACUCUAAGACGUACUUCAAGUUUGCUGUGGAUGAAAAUGAUCUGUGGGUGAUUUUUGCAUCAGAUACAGAUGAUAACGUAAUGGUUGUGAAGCUUAACUCUGACACAUUCUCUGUAGAGUCCAUCAUUAACACUCACUACCCCACAGCUAAAGCAGGAAAUGCUUUCAUUGUAUGUGGUGUGCUGUAUUUUACAGAUGUUAGAGACAGGAGAGUUACAUAUGCCUUUGAUUUAAAUAAAGAGAGUCCUCAAGAUGCAAGUUUUGAUCUGAAGUCUGCUGACGGCAUCUUGGCUAUGCUGUCAUAUUAUCCCAACCAAAAGCUUUUGUACAUGUGGGACAACCGCAGCCUGAAAACAUGCAAAGUUAAACUCAAAUUCACUAAACAAUAACCUCAGGUUUUGUAAAAUGCGCAAUAAAAUAUUUUUAUAA